AAGGAGCUGCCCCUGACCCUUUUCUACCAUCUCCAAGUUACAUCAUCUCAUCAAACCUUCAAGCUUUAAUCACAAUCACAACUGCCUUCUUCAACAUGUCUGGCGAAGGAUUCCUCAACCAAACCAGCUUGCAUUCACGCGCCAAAUAUCGUGCGGCGCUCUUGACCUAUCCUGGAAACCUCAAGCAAGCUCUGAAAGAUGCUCAGGAGGACUCUAAAAAGACCUUGUUCGGCGUCGCUCAGGGCAUUGCCAGCACCACCUUGACAAAGGUCUUGGCUUCCGCCAAACCCGAUUUUAUUUGGAUGGAUGUUGAGCACGGCAUGUUUGAUCGCUCAACCCUCAACGACGCUAUUCACGCCGCCCAGCACCACUCUGAGGGCGAGACACUAGUCAUUGUGAGAGUACCAAAGGAAGAUGAGAUUGCACUGUCUACGGCCUUGGACGCUGGUGCGUCUGGCAUCAUCAUCCCCCACUGCGAAACCAAGGAAGAGGUAGAGGAGUUUAUCCAGAAGAUGUACUACCCCCCCGUCGGUGCCCGUUCAUUUAGCCCUUGGACCUUUACGCCCGGCAUCUCAGAUCUCUCUCUAUACCCAGAGGAUGCCUUCAACAUGAAGACGUCCAACAACCACAUCGCCAUCAUCCCCCAGAUCGAAAGCGUAAAGGGCAUUGCAAACGUCGAGGAGAUUGCCUCAAUACCCGGCGUCUCAGCGCUCAUGUUCGGACCCGGCGACUUCAUGGCAGACGCAAGAGUGCCCAUGGUCUUGGGAGGCCCUCCUCAUCCCGUCUUGGCUUCUGCCAUGGAAAGCAUGUCAAAGGCCAGCAAGAAAUACAACAUCCCGCUUGUUGGUGGCGCUCUGGCUCCUGAGAUGAUUCCCAUGAUGGUAGAGUCAGGCCACCGAGUAGUCGUUACCAUGUUUGAUGUGUGGGGCAUCGCGAACCUUGCCAAAUCUUCGGUUCAGAACGCCAAGGAAUUAAUCGGUGCAGUCGAGAAGAAGACGAAUGGUGUAUCUAAAUAAAAAACAGUUGUGUGUGGUUACAUUGUAGACUAGAACUAUCAACUCAGGUUAUAUCCUCCCCAAAUUGCCAGCCAUUGUUCAUUCCGUGGAGUGAGCACAAUUCCA